ACCAUUUUCUUGUGGUUUAGCGUAAAGCUCAAGCCCACCAUUCUCGUCUCAAACCCCACCUCUUCCCCCACCUUCUGUAUACAGCCCCAUCGAGGAGAGAACAGAAGACCGAAUUUCAUGCUUCGUCCUCCAACCAACAGCCCGUCAAAUACGUGUUUCUUCAAAUCGAUAUCUAUAAGUACUCGCUAAGCUCAAUCGCCCAGCAUGGCAGGAGUCGUUAACAUCCGUCGCGACGUCGAUGACAAGUUCUACCGCUACCGCAUGCCCGUUCUCCUUACCAAGAUCGAGGGCAAAGGCAAUGGCAUCAAGACCGUUGUUCCCAACAUGUCUGACGUCGCUCGCGCGCUCUCACGUCCCCCCACCUAUCCUACCAAGUUCUUCGGCUGCGAGCUCGGUGCGCAGACGUCCUUCGACGAGAAGAACGAUCGUUACAUCGUCAACGGCGCCCACGACGCUGAGAGGCUGAGGGAGCUACUCGACGGGUUCAUCGACAAGUUCGUGCUGUGCAAGUCCUGCAAGAAUCCUGAGACGGACCUCAUCAUCCUCAAGAGCGGACGCAACGAGGACAUCGUGCGGGACUGUAAGGCGUGCGGCGAGCGUACCGACAUCGACAUGCGUCACCGUCUCACGACUUUCAUCCUCAAGAACCCGCCCAAGAACCCCAAGAAGAGCAAGAAGGGUUCCAAGGGCGAGAGCAACGGCAAUGGCGGUGGACAGCACGCCGCUGCACCGCCCGUGCCCGGCGAGGAUGAUGGAGAUGCGCCUGGCGCGGAGAGCGAUGACGAGCUCACGAGGAAGAUCAAGGCCGAGGCGGCCCAGCUUACCACUGACGCGGCCAUAGCCAAAGAGGACUGGUCCGCCGACACGUCCGCCCAGGCUGUGAAGGCGCGGAUGAAGACGCUCGAGGGUGCAGUCAGUGGCAUGGCCAUCAGCGCCGGCGACGAUGACGACGAUGACGAGGGUUUCGACAGCCCCUAUGCACAGUUUGGCCGGUGGGUCGAGGAGAACAGGGACAGUGCCGACAUUGGCGCCGUGCAGAUCUACAAGAAGGCGGAGGAGCUCGGCGUGGAGAAGAAGCACAAGGCUGUGCUCGUGCUCGUCCAAGCUCUGUUCACGACGGAGAUCGCGAAGGAGAUCGAUCAGUACAAGGCUCUCUUGUCCAAGAUGGUCACAUCCGAGAAACACCAAAAGUCGCUUCUUGGUGGCAUCGAGCGCUUCGUCGGCAAAACCCACCCUGAACUUGUGCCCUCCGUGCCCAAGAUCCUUAUGGCACUGUACCAGAAUGACAUUAUCGAAGAGGAGGUCGUCACUCAGUGGGGCACACACGUCAGCAAGAAAUACGUCGACAAGGACACGAGCAAGAAGGUCCGCAAGGCGUCCGAGCCGUUCUUGAAGUGGCUUGCGGAGGCGGAUGACGAUGACGACGAUGAGGAUGAUGAGUAGAUGGCCAACGCAUUGAAUGGCUUGAUACGAUUCGUUCUGUCUAUCAAAGUUAUAACAUAACUCAUGUGUCAAGGUUUCCCAUGAAUGUUAUCAAUAUGUUGUCAUGUUUACUGGUUU